UGUUGCUUUAUCUUUCUUUCUCUCUUUCUUUCUUACACUCUCACUCUCUUGGUUUUAUUUAUUUAUUUAUUUAUUUAUAAUUUCUCUUUCCUCUUUCUCUCUCCAAGUGAAAAUUAUUUAUUAAAGAAAAGAAAAAAAAGAUGGUGGCUUUGUAUUCUUAUGGCUGUGUGAAUGAAUUCUCAAGCGAAACAAAGUCUUCUCUUUCACACCUUCCUUCUCAAAAGCAUGGAAGAAGAAUCUAGGGUUUGACAGGCACCAAGUCCAACAAGGUUUUUGGAGGUUGGAGGAAUUAGGGUUUUUCUUUUUCGGGUUUGGGCUAAAAUGGAGGAAGUUGAAGAAGCUAACAGAGCAGCAGUAGAAAGCUGCCAUAGAGUUCUGAGCCUCUUGUCUCAGCCCCAAGAUCAAGUUCAGUAUAGGAAUUUAGCUAUGGAAACAGGGGAGGCUGUAUUCAGGUUUAAGAGAGUUGUUUCUCUUCUGAAUACUGGCUUGGGUCAUGCUAGGGUCAGGAAGCUCAAAAACCUUGCAUCCCCUUUGCCCCAUCCUUUACCUCAAAGUAUCCUCUUAGACAACCCUAAUUGUAGAACGGACAAUCUGUCCAAACCUCCUCACUUUCUCCAUUCUAGCUUUCCUGAACACCCAAUUCAAGAAUUGCGUUCGAAUGUUAAAAGUUCUUUAUGCUUGGGAAAUCCAUCUUUGGAAUUAAGCUCUAAUGGGAAAAGCCCUCUCCAACUGGCUCAAGCAACCCAAGCACACUAUCACUUCCUUCAACAACAACAGCAGCAGCAGCAGCAGCAGCCGCAACUGCAACAACAACAACAAAGGUUAUUGCAACAGCAUCAGCAGCAGCAGAUGAAGCAUCAAGCUGAGAUGCUGUUCCGGAAGAGCAAUAGUGGCAUAAACCUGAAUUUCGAUAGCUCUAGUUGCACACCCACAAUGUCAUCAACUAGGUCCUUCAUUUCUUCCUUGAGUAUAGAUGGAAGUGUAGCUAAUUUGGAUGGGAAUUCCUUCCAUUUGAUCGGCGCCCCUCGCUCGUCGGAUCAGAAUUCGCAGCAUAAGAGGAAAUGUUCUGGAAGGGGAGAUGACGGUAGCGUGAAAUGCGGUAGCAGUGGUAGAUGUCACUGCUCGAAGAAAAGGAAGCAUAGGGUGAAAAGAUCAAUCAAGGUGCCUGCUAUCAGUAACAAGCUUGCGGAUAUCCCUCCUGAUGAUUAUUCGUGGAGGAAGUACGGCCAGAAGCCAAUCAAGGGUUCUCCUCAUCCUAGGGGAUACUAUAAAUGUAGCAGCAUGCGAGGUUGUCCAGCGAGGAAGCAUGUCGAAAGGUGUUUGGAGGAACCUUCCAUGCUUAUUGUUACCUAUGAAGGAGAACAUAACCACCCUAGGAUGACAUCUCAAUCUGCAAACACAUAAAGUUAUGGAGAACUUCACGGUGAACGAGGCCAAAAGCAACUUAUGAAAAUCUUAUCAGUGAUUGGCUCAAGAUGCUCCUGUAAAUAUUUUGCCUGGUUCAAGCAAGAAACAUAAUCGGAGCAUUUACUUUUUUCGGCUUUGGGGAUUUGGGUCUCCAAGCCUUUUAGGAUUUUAGCCAUUGGGCAAGAAUAGCAUGAAGCAAAGUGGUAAACUGAAGAAUUCUGUAGAAUUGGGGGUGUCAAAUUGUAAGAACUCUUCCAACUUUCUAAGCAAUCAAGGCUUUUUCAACAAUUUAGGCUCUUUUAAUUUAAUGAAAUGCCUUUCACUGGGUUCUUAAAUUAUAUAUAUAUAUAUAUAUAUUAUUUUUAUUUUUA